AUGGGAGUUUCAGGAACCUUAGAGUACCUGUCUGAGUUGAUGAGCAGUGGACAUAAACACAAGAAGAGGAAGCAAUUUCAAACUGUGCAUCUCAAGGUGAGGAUGGACUGUGAUGGCUGUGAACUUAAAGUCAAGAAAGCCUUGUCUUCAUUAAGUGGGGUUAAGUAUGUGGAGAUAAACCGGAAACAGCAGAAGGUGACAGUAACCGGAUACGUAGAACAGAGCAAAGUGUUGAAGAAGGCAAAGUCAACAGGGAAAAGGCAGAGAUUUGGCCGUAUGUACCCUACAAUCAUGUGGCACAACCCUAUGCGAUUCAAGCUUAUGACAAGAAGGCACCACCAGGUUUUGUCAGAAAAGUAG